AUGGGCUGCUGUAUGAGCUCCAGAGCUGCAACAGAACCACGUCAACCAAAAUCCCCAGGCCACCACUGUUCUUCACCAAAACUUCCUGCACCAGAACCCAAUAGCUCUCAUGUCCCCAUAACUUCAGUUGAAGAAGAAACAGUGAAAGAAGUCCUUUCUGAAACACCCAUCUCAAAAGUACCACAAACAAGUCCAUCAGCACAACAGGAAACCACCCAAAUCCCCAUUGUCCAUGAAUCUAAAACCCAAAAGAACAAACGCAAAGAAGAAGAAGUACAAGCAGAAAGAACCCCUGAAAUCUCUCAGGCCUCCGAGAUAUGCAGCGUCACUGACACUUACUCAACGGCAACAACAGCAACUACUGCUACUGCUGUAACAGAGAUAAGAGAUGACGAGGUAACGAGCAAGAAGAGAGUCAACAGAUCUCCAUCGUCACUUCCCAGAAAGCGUCCGCACAAUGGCGAGAGAGAAAGAGGAGCCAAAACUCCUGGAAAGAGGGAGUUAUCCGGUCAGGUGAGGACUGCACAGCGUAAUGUAGGGUCUCGCAGAGUCGGAAGGGAACUAGGUGAGAAGUCUGGCCGGCGGUCAAGGUCACCAGCGACUCGGAUGUCAUCUGGUGGUGUUUUAAGGGGUGGUCGUGCGGGAGGGAGCCCCGCGAAGGUGACUGGAAAAUCCAGUGGCAGGCAAGUAGAAAUGGGAAGUGGAGCGAAGGAAGAGGAGAAAAGAGAAGAAAACGACAGCGUUUUAAAGCAGGAGCAGGGGAAUGAGUCUGCUUCUCUUGAGAAUCCACUUGUGUCCAUGGAAUGCUUCAUCUUUCUGUAA